CGCCGCGGCGGCGGGCGGAGGCGCCUAGUCUGUCGCCGCCCCCACUGGUGCCCGCGCUGCGGCGGUGGCUGGGGGCGCUAGGAGCGGGGGGCCGUGCGCUCCGCACCUGCGGAGGCCGCUGGACGAUGAUGCCGGAACGCCGGCCCAGGCCGCCGGCGUUCUGAGCUUAAGCGCAGCGCCUGCCCCGGGGAUGCCCAUCGCGCUGCUGGCCCUGGCCAUGUCGUCGUCCUUCUUCAACCCCAGCUUUGCCUUCAGCUCCCACUUCGACCCGGGUGAGUCCGCGCGGCGCCCUCGGAGGCGGCCUUGCGGCUGCGACUGCCCCCCCACCUGUCUCCCCACCGCCGACAUGAUGCUGCUGGAGCCACGGUUUCCCAUUUUGCCUGGAAAUUAACCCUUUCUCCGCCCUGAGUCCCCGCAGAAGAACAGGGACCGGCGAGGACCCACUACAGGUCUCCGGAGGUGGGCAGGCCUUGGGGCCAGACCCUGUACAGCCGGGCCCCUUCAGCGCUGGCUGGCAGCAUCAGCCCCUGCCUCUUUGGAUGCCUCCCUGGCACAGACGGUGCCCCGCUCAGUGAGCUGUCCUGGUCCUCCUCCCUCGCGGUGGUAGCCGUGUCCUUCUCUGGGAUCUUCACCGUGGUCAUCCUCAUGCUGGCGUGCCUGUGCUGUAAGAAGGGCGGCAUCGGGUUCAAGGAGUUUGAGAAUGCUGAAGGGGACGAGUAUGUGGCCGACUUCUCGGAGCAGGGCUCCCCGGCUGCAGCUGCACAGACCGGCCCCGAUGUGUAUGUCCUGCCCCUCACUGAGGUCUCCUUGCCCAUGGCCAAGCAGCCGGGUCGCUCCGUGCAACUUCUCAAGUCCACGGACCUGGGCCGGCACAGCCUCCUGUACUUAAAGGAGAUUGGCCACGGCUGGUUUGGGAAGGUGUUUUUGGGGGAGGUACACUCGGGUGUCAGUGGCACGCAGGUGGUGGUGAAGGAGCUGAAGGUCAGCGCUAGUGUGCAGGAGCAGAUGCAGUUCCUGGACGAGGCGCAGCCCUACAGAGCCCUGCAGCACAGCAACCUGCUCCAGUGCCUGGCCCAGUGUGCUGAGGUGACCCCCUACCUGCUGGUUAUGGAGUUCUGUCCACUGGGGGACCUCAAAGGUUAUCUCCGGAGCUGCCGGGUGACAGAGUCCAUGGCGCCUGACCCCCUUACCUUGCAGCGCAUGGCGUGCGAGGUGGCGUGUGGCGUCUUGCAUCUACAUCGACACAACUAUGUACACAGCGACCUGGCCCUGAGGAACUGCCUGUUGACGGCUGACCUGACAGUGAAGGUUGGCGAUUAUGGCCUGUCGCAUUGCAAAUACAGGGAAGACUACCUCGUGACCGCCGACCAGCUGUGGGUGCCGCUGCGCUGGAUCGCGCCGGAGCUGGUGGACGAGGUACACGGCAACCUGCUGGUGGUGGACCAGACGAAGAGCAGCAACGUGUGGUCCCUGGGUGUGACCAUCUGGGAGCUUUUUGAGUUGGGUGCGCAGCCGUACCCCCAGCACUCGGACCGGCAGGUGCUGGCUUACGCCGUCAGGGAGCAGCAGCUUAAGCUGCCCAAGCCCCAGCUGCAGCUGGCUCUGUCUGAUCGAUGGUACGAGGUGAUGCGGUUCUGCUGGUUGCAGCCAGAGCAGAGGCCCACAGCGGAAGAGGUUCAUCUACUGCUGUCCUACUUGUGUGCUAAGGGCACCACAGAAUUGGAGGAGGAGUUUGAGCGGCGCUGGCGCUCCCUGCGGCCCGGGGGCAGCACGGGCCUGGGCUCGGGUUCCGCAGCCCCAGCCGCUGCCGCCGAGCUCACCGCUGCCUCGUCUUUCCCGCUGCUGGAGCGGUUCACCAGCGACGGCUUUCACGUGGACAGCGAUGACGUGCUGACGGUCACUGAGACGAGCCACGGCCUCAACUUUGAAUACAAGUGGGAGGCUGGCUGUGGCGCUGAGGCAUACCCACCCUCUGGGGCUGCAUCCAGCCCAGGCUCCGCAGCGCGCCUGCCGGAGUUGUGCGCGCCUGACCGCUCACCGCCCGGUGUGGUGCCGGUCCUCAGUGCCCACAGCCCCUCGGUGGGUAGUGAGUACUUCAUCCGCCUGGAGGGAGCCGUGCCUGCUGCUGGCCACGAUCCAGAUUGUGCCGGCUGCGCUCCCAGCCCCCAGGCUGUGACUGACCAGGACAAUAACUCCGAGGAGAGCACUGUUGCGUCUCUUGCCAUGGAGCCAUUGCUGGGCCACGCACCCCCCACUGGGGGCCUUUGGGGCCCCUGUGACCACCAUUCACACAGGAGGCAAGAGUCACCUUGUCCCUCACGCUCACCCUCUCCUGGGACUCCGAUGUUGCCAGCUGAAGACAUAGACUGGGGUGUGGCUUCCUUCUGCCCACCCUUCUUUGACGACCCGCUGGGUGCAUCUCCCUCGGGGAGUCCUGGGGCCCAGCCCUCCCCCAGUGAUGAGGAGCCGGAGGAGGGGAAGGCGGGGUUGGCCGCUCAGUGUGGACACUGGAGCUCUAACAUGUCAGCCAACAACAACAGUGGCAGUCGUGACCCAGAAUCCUGGGAUCCUGGCUAUGUUAGCAGCUUCACAGACAGCUACAGGGAUGACUGCUCCAGCUUAGAGCAGACCCCUCGGGCCUCCCCUGAGGUGGGCCAUCCCCUGUCCCAGGAGGAUCCCAGAGAUUUUCUCCCUGGGCUAGUAGCAUUCUCCCCUGGUCAGGAGCCAAGCUGUCGCUUCAACCUGCUCCCCCUGUGUCCUGCCAAAGGCCUGGCACCUGCUGCCUGCCUCGUCACAUCCCCCUGGACAGAGGCAGCUGUGGGUGGGGCUGAGAACCCCAUCGUGGAACCCAAACUUGCCCAGGAGGCUGGGGGCUCUGCUGAACCCCAGCUACCCCUUCCUUCCGUCCCCUCCCCAUCCUGCGAAGGAGCCUCACUUCCCUCGGAGGAGGCAAGCGCUCCUGACAUCCUGCCUGCCUCUCCCACACCCGCUGCUGGCAGCUGGGUGACCGUCCCUGAGCCGGCCCCCACCCUGGAGAGCAGCGGCAGUUCUCGGGGUCAAGAGGCAUCUAGCAGCGAGGGUGAAGACACGACCGAGGCAACAUCGGGAAUCUUCACUGACCUGUCCGGCGACGGCCCACACACGGAGAAGUCAGGCAUAGUACCAGCCUUGCGCCGUCUGCAGAAGCAGGUGGGGACCCCUGACUCCCUGGACUCUCUGGACAUCCCGUCCUCAGCCAGCGAUGGCGGCUGUGAGGUCUUAAGCCCAUCAGCUGCCGGUCCCCCUGGCGGGCAGCCCCGAGCCGUGGACAGUGGUUAUGACACAGAGAACCAUGAGUCUCCUGAGUUCGUGCUCAAGGAGGCCCGUGAGUCCAGUGAGCCCGAGGCCUUUGGGGAGCCAGCCUCAGAGGGUGAGAGCCCAGGGCCCGAUCCCUUGCUCUCUGUCUCCCUUGGUGGCCUCAAUGAGAAGAGCCCCUACCGAGACUCUGCCUACUUUUCAGACCUGGAUGCCGAGGCCGAACCCACCUUUGGCCCCGAGAAGCGCAGUGGGAUCCAGGACUCCCAAAAGGAGCAAGACCCGAGGAGCCCACCUAGCCCAGGGCAUCAGUCUGUGCAGGCUUUUCCCAGGCCUGCGGUGUCCAGCGAGGUGCUGUCCCCCCCACAGCAGUUGGAGGAGUCCUUGCCAGAAGGCCCCAGGCCAGAGCCUCUCGGGGCUCAAGGCCCAGUUGAAGUGCAGCCUGUGCCCGGCCCAAGCCGUUCCAAAUGUUUCCCGCUGACCUCCGUUCCACUGAGCUUGGAAGGGAGUGGCACGGAGCCCCAGGGUCCCCCAGGACAGCUGUCAGGGCCAGCCCAGCAGGGACAGAUGCGCAAUCCUAGCACACCCAGAUCCCCGCUCUGCCUGGCCCUGCCUGGCCACCCUGGGGCUUUGGAGGGCCGGCCAGAGGAUGACGAGGACACCGAGGACAGCGAGGAGUCGGACGAGGAGCUCCGGUGCUACAGCGUCCAGGAGCCCAGUGAGGAUAGUGAGGAGGAGCCACCAGCGGUGCCCGUGGUAGUGGCUGAGAGCCAGAGCGCCCGAAAUCUGCGCAGCCUGCUGAAGAUGCCCAGUCUGCUGUCGGAGGCCUUCUGCGACGACCUGGAGCGCAAGAAGAAGGCUGUGUCCUUCUUCGAUGAUGUCACGGUCUACCUCUUUGACCAGGAAAGCCCCACCCGAGAGACUGGGGAGCCCUUUCCCAGCACUAAGGAGUCACUCCCCGAGUUCCUGGAGGGUAGCCCCAACUCACCCAGUGCCACCGGCCUGCCACUACGGGCUGGCCACCCGCCCGACAGCUCUGCUCCGGAACCAGGCAGUAGGUUCGAAUGGGACGGUGAUUUCCCGCUGGUGCCCGGCAAGGCUGCUUUGGUGACUGAGUUGGAUCCUUCUGACCCUGUCCUGGUGGCGCCUCCCACGCCAGCUGCGCCCUUCUCACGCUUCACCGUGUCACCCACACCUGCCUCCCGCUUUUCCAUCACCCACGUAUCCGACUCAGAUGCCCAGUCCGUGGGAGGCCCAGCAGCAGGUGCUGGGGGCCGAUACACAGAGGCUUGAGACCCAGGUAGUUCCACCCUUCGGAGGCUGGCAUCACCGGAGCCCCUGCCAUCCUGCCCGGGCAGCGACAAGGUUGGUGACUGACUGGGAAUGAAUGGGGACCACCGGCACCCUACAGCGUCCUGGAGAAGCAGGUGGUCGAGAGGCCUGUAUCUAGCCCUAGACGCGCUGGGCUGUGCGCCUUCUCCAUGCUGCCCUGAUGGCAGAAUGUGUCCUGAGUGGACGCUGGGGUUGGCUGCUAACCCUGGAGAUUCCUGUAGCCUGGGGGUCUGUGGGGGUCUGUAAGCAUAUGUGUACACACUCAAGAAGGGCCCCCUGACUCUUAGGUGACUCUCCACUCCUCCCUCCCUCCCCACCCUUCAGCCACUCUUCCUAUAUGGCUGAUGGUGGUGAACCGGCCUCAGGUCGGGACUAGGCAGUCCAAGGGCCUGUAUGCCCUUGUUGGCUAGGUCCUGCCGUGUGUUCAAAGGGCAUUUGGCCAGGUUUCAGGAUGGCUUUAAGCCUGCAGGUCCCUUUUGGGUCCCCCCACCUUUCUUACCUGGGUCCAGGUUUGCUCAGAUCAAGGUUGGACCUCUGGGCUCCAAGCCCUUAUCUCAGAGUCCGUGGCUAUUUCCCCUUCACUGCCUCUGUGGAAGUCCUUCCCCACGGGGUCUGUGAAUUGUUCUGGCCUAGGUCCUGUCCGGUAGGGGCUUCCAGGCUGGGAAGAGAUGCCCUCUGCAGGGUAGUGUGGGCAGCUCUCUGUUGCAGGGCGGUGCCUGCCCCACACCCUGGCGACUAGAGGAGAGUAGGGGGUAUCCUGCAGCCACUAGGGGCUCCUGCCUGCAGGCAGGGCUGGGAGAAGACAGGGCUGGGGUGGGCAGUACAGGGAAUAUUUUUGUAACUUGCUGGAGUGAAUGAAAAUGGGGCGAUUCUAAGUUAUUGUUGCCAAAGACAUGUAAAGUAUAUUGUUGCUUUGGGGGUGGGGCAAUGUUUUCUGUUUUGUUUUUGUUUCUGUUUUUAGUUUGAGGCUUAGGAUGGACGCUGGUGCAAUGAUUUUCUUGUUCCUUGUUUUUUAAGAGAAACCAAGCUAAGAAAAAA